AGCAUGCAUAGACUGAGACUCCUUAUUGACUUCAAAGGACUUAAAGUGUUACUGAACCCAGGACCCUUCAUUCACUAUAUCUGGUCUCCCACAGUACACAGAACAUGGAAAUGCAAUUAUUUUAGUAAAUAUAAACUACUAAAUACCUUUUCUGAUCAGCAGUUAGAGCAGUCUGGUGACUUCAGCAGAGCACUGGUUAAAGCUUGUAGGAGGAUUUUUCCUUUCUGCUCUAAGAGGAUGUAAAACCUCUGA